AUGAAUAAGGUGCUUUCCGACUUAAAAUUACUUGAAUAAGUAUUAGAUUUAUUAGAAACAGAUGUUGCAGAUGUAAGAAGAGAAUUUUUUUAAGCUUUUUGUAAUUUUUUGGUUGUUUGUACAUAACAACAGAUAUUAAAUAUGAUAGACAAUGAAAUGAUAGAUUAUUUAAUUCUAGGUCUUGUUGAUACAGAUACAAAUAUUAUUUAGCUUGCUAUUGAAAGUAUUUUAUAUUUUUUAUAGAUUUAGCUGUCUAUUAGAUGAUGAAACAUUUUGUUUCCACAGAUUACUAAUUAGAUAUUUAUUAUAAAUUUUCAAUCAAAAAUGUGGCAACAAACUUGAUAAAUUAUAGAAAUCUAUUAAAUGGUUUCUCAAUUUAUUUUAGUAUACUAUGA